GGUUGCUGACCAACGCACAGUCUUUGAGCCUAAACUAAAAGCGAGGUAAGCUAAACAUUUUCAGCAUAAAUUUAUAUGGCAUAAUAAUCAAUUGCUGAACGUACUAAGCUUGAUGCUGCUUUCAGAAAUUGGGCGAAUACCUCUAAUUUCCUAUGUAGAAUCUGUUUUAAGGCGCUUUGUGACGAAUUUAGUUCUCUUAAAAAGAGAAACGAUACGGCCAGAAAGAUUACAUACUUUAAGACAGAGAAAGAUUGGAUCGGGAAGAGAUUCUUUUUGUAAACGUUUGCUCGUUUGAUGAUGCGUCAUUUGAUAUGUUAGUUAACGUUGCUGUCCUUUUAGUCUCAGAUGUGUCUUCUAUCUGCCCAUAACGUUUCUCUUUUUGAACGAACUGCGACACGAAAUUUACCAAAUUCAAACAGUUGCCGCAUGGAACUGCCGCCAACUAUUUAUAAUAAUGAUUACAUAAUGAUUUACGUUUCUUUCUGCUAAUUUCCAAGUGCUUGAGACUCGAGUUAAAACUUUUUGUUUCGACUUUGUUGUUUGCAUGUAUAUGGACUAAUGGAUUAAUGCACGUUUUUCAACUUUAUAGGAAAUAACAAGGCCAACAAGUCAUGCAGAGCCAACGCCUAUCACUCAUUGCCUUUUCAGUCAUCACCUGGCUUUCCGGAUGUUGGACUCAAAACGAUCUGAGGAUUUGCUUCAAAGAAACGGAACAAAGCUCUCAGUGUCUUGAAGGGAUAUCGCAAAGUUGCAGUGGAUUUAGUUCCAACCCUGACUGGACUGACUAUUUCCGAGAUGACACCGAUGAUCGACCUGGCGGAUGCGAGUACCAAUGGAGAAUCGAGAGAUAUGGCACGAUGCCCGUAAAUCAAGAAUAUCGACUCUGCUUUCAAGAGACGGAAGGGAGCUCACAAUGUCAGUUAUCACGAAGCUCGUGCACCGAAUGGAGUUCAAACGCCAAUUGGACGGCUCCUUUCCGCGAUGAUACCGAUGACAGAAGUGGCGGUUGCAAAUAUCAGUGGAAGAUUGAGUCACAAGAUGCGACCGAUGGUAACAAAUACGAGGUGUGUCGGAUCUGCUUUAAGGAAACGGAGGGUAGCUCUCAGUGC